CACUGUUCUGUUGUUACCCCGACGCUUUCCUUUCUCUCUCUAGUUUCUCUCUCCUACGAAAUCAUCCGAUUUGGCUUCGCUUUCUCUUUCUUCCCCCUCUCCUCUCCUCUCUUUUCUUUCUUUUCCUUUUUUUCCCUUACCCUUUUUUAUCUAUCAACCCCUUCGUCUCGCACUGCCAUGACGACCCAAUAAAACCCUAAAUCCACUACACUUCACUGUAUAGGUUCUUCCUUCAAGACUUCCUUUCGUUUUCUUAUUGGGGAAAAAUUGAAAGAGAGGAGUUUGUUUCGUUCUUGUCUUCUUUAUUUUUCUGGGUUUUCUUGUUGUGCCUGUUGAGCAAUUAAGAGUUGGGAUAUAUGUCCUUCAAUCAAUCAAGGUCCGAUAAGAGCGACAAUCAUUACCGUAAAUCCUGGAGAUCAGGGAGCUUCAAUCAGCAGCGAGGUUCCUCAGGCACGCACGUUAAGGGUGGUGGCGGCGGGGCCGCGCCUUCUGCCGUGAUCACUUCGGGUUCCUCACAGCCCUCUAAUCGGAGUUUUAAGAGGUCUAACAAUUCACAUGGUGGGCAAUCUAGGGUAAACCCUCCCCCUGUAAAUUCAGCCGAGUCUAAUGGUGCUUCUACAGGCCGGACGAUACCAAAUGGUGCCCAUUCACAACAAUCACCUGGAGCAUCUGAUGCGCCAGUUACGAAUGCAGUUGCCAAGUCAUCUGAGCCCUCAUCCAUACAGAAGAGCACCAGAGUUGUUCCGAAAGCUCCAACCCCUGGACCUUCCACCGUGAAUUCUGAUGCAGCAGCUCCUACGACCCCUGCCAAGGCCCCUGAAGAUUCAUCCAAGCCAUUUGCUUUCCAAUUUGGAUCCAUUAGUCCCGGUUUCAUGAAUGGGAUUUCUAUUCCUGCUCGCACAAGCUCAGCUCCUCCAAAUUUGGACGAACAGAAAAGAGAUCAGGCUUGUCACGAUUCUUUUAGACCUGUGCCUUCAGUGCCAACACCUCCAAAGCAGCUACCACCAAGGAAUGAUGGUGUUGUUACUGACCAAUCUAAUGCUGGGGAGGCUCGUUCAGUGAACAAGGUGAAAAAGGAGGAGCAGGUGUUAGCUUUGCCCCCAGCAAGCCAGGUGCAGAAGCCUUCUGUUGCCAUGACUGGGAUUUCAAUGGCUAUGCCAUAUCAUCACCAAUCACAGGCCCCUGUACAGUUUGGUGGACCUAAUCCACAGAUUCAAUCUCAGGGAAUGCCACCAGCAUCUCUUCAGAUACCGAUCCCUUUAGCAAUGGGAAAUGUUGCACAAGUACAACCGCAGGUUUUUUUUCCAAGUCUUCAAACUCUUCCUACUCAUCCUCAGGGAAUUAUGCAUCAAGGCCAAAACUUGAGUUUCCCUCCGCAAAUGGGUCCUCAGAUGUCCCAUCAGUUGGGUAACAUGGGUAUGAACAUCAACCCACAAUAUACCCAGCAGCAAGGUGGAAAAUUUGCUGGUCCUCGCAAGGCUACUACUGUCAGGAUUACUCAUCCUGAGACACAUGAAGAGCUCAGACUUGACAAUGAUAAAAAGUCAGAUUCACAUUCCGAUGGCAUGUCAUCUGGUGCUAGGAAUUAUCCUAAUGUUCCUUCUCAGUCUCAACCCGUUCAAUCGUUUGCCACUUCUCAUCCCCUCAACUAUUUUCCAUCUAGCACUUACAGCAGUGGCUCUCUCUUUUUUCCACCUAGUUCUGUUCCAUUAUCAAGCAGCCAUAUAACUCCUAAUUCUCAGCAACCAAGAUUUAAUUAUCCUGUGAAUCAGGGCCCCCAAAAUGGAGGUUUUAACAAUCCAUUAUCUAUUGGUUCCUUGCCUGUUAGUAAAACUGGCACUUUUGUUCCAGGCUUUGGUGAAACACCAAAUUUGGAACAUUCUCGUGAUUCACAGAAGGUGAUAUCAUCAGGUAUGUCUGGAGUAGCUCAUGCUAGUAUCAAACCAAGUGGCAGUUCUGGUAUCGUUGACUCAACAAUCACCAAUUCUGGCAUUUCUGUUAAAACAAGUGAAUCUCCCGGCUAUUUAGGCGCAUCGAUUGAUGCUGGCUCCACUGUGUCUCCAAAAGUGUCUGAUAAUUUUUCUGAGACCUCUUCACAGCAGUCUAAGCCGUCCAGUGAUUCUUUUGUUUCAAGGUCAUUGUCAAAACAACCUGCUGCUGGUUCUGCUGAGAAGCUUGCAUCCACUCCCUUGAUGCCUUUUUCUGCUGCUGUGAGUGAGAACUCUGUCUCAGUUGUGUCCAACAACGAAGGCAGAAAGAAGGAAUCUCUUAGCAGGUCAAACUCUUUGAAAGAUAAUCAGAAGAAAACAGGGAAGAGAGGCCAAUCACAACAUCAGGUUACUUCACAAUCUCCUACAGUGGUUAAUGUACCUUCUCAAGCUGUUGAUAGUGUUAUGGUUGAUCGUGAAGUUUCUGAUACUUCGGAAAAAAAAACAAAGGCUUGUGUAGCAACAACCCGUGAUGAUAACUCUAACAGCACACCACAGGCAUUAUCAGCCACAGUUAGCAGUGAUAUUUUUCCUUGUGCCAAUGAAAUGAACAUUGAUCCUUCUUUGGAAGGUUCUGUCCGCAUUUCAGCUGAAGGAGUUGGUGCUUUAGCUAUUGAUAGUUUGAACAACCACAGGAAUGAUAAACUAGAAUCAUCACAACAGGAUAAACUUUUAAAGAUGAAUAUACUUGAGGUGGGUGAUAAAAAUGAAAGAUCCUGUGAAGUAUUUAAACAAAAAAGCGAUGACAUUGGAACUAAGUUUAAACAAACAGAAACAGAUGGGGCUAAGGAAUCGCAAGUGCAACAAAGACUGGAAUCGCAGGAUGAAUCUACGAAUUUUAGAUCAGAAUGUGACAUAAAGGGUGAUAAUUUAGGCGUGCCUACCUCAAAUGAUUUGGAUUCUAGAGAUAUCUAUUUAAAUAGAAAUGAUAGUACGGUUAGUAAUGAAUCUAUUUGUGCAAAUUCUGCCUCGACUGAUAAGAAUUCUGGUGAUCUCCCAGAAGCAACUUCAAAACAUAGCAAGGAUUGUUCAGAGAAUGCAGACAGUGGCUCCGUAUUCCUUCCAACAUCAAUUAGCAAGGACAGACCUAUUUUGGAGCCAAAUAAGGUGAAAACUACAACAAAAGGAAAGAAGAAAAGAAGGGAGAUUCUUCAGAAAGCAGAUGCUGCGGGGUCAACUGCUGAUCUUUAUAAUGCAUACAAGAGACCCGAGGAAAAGAAAGAAGUCAUUGUAUGUACAGAGAGCAAAGAAAGUACUUCAUCUGGAAGUUUAAAGCAGUUGCCUAAAGAGGCUGCUCAGCCAGAUGCUAUUGCAACUGAGAAAGAUGGGCAUGAUAAAGCUGAGCCUGCUGAUUGGGAGGAUGCUGCUGAUAUGUCUUCCCCAAAAUUGGAAGUUGCGGAAAAAACACAACAGGUCAGUGAUGGAAAUGAACUAGCAGGUAAAAAAUACUCAAGGGAUUUCCUUAUGAAAUUUGAAGAGCAAUGCAUUGAUCUUCCUGCGGAUUUUAAAAUAGAAGACAUUCCUGAGGGUUUGAUGAAUUCUAAUGUUACUGGUUCUCAUUUUGAACGUGAUUCACAUCUUAGUCCAGGAAGAAUUAUGGAUAGGUCUGGUGGGAUGUCUCGAAUGGACCGCCGUGGCUCCGGGCAUUUUGAAGAAGACCGGUGGAAUAAAGUUGCUGGACGUGACAUGCGCAUGGAUGGUUUUGGUGGUAAUACAGGAUUUCGACAUGGUCAAGGAGGCAAUUUUGGUGUUUUAAGGAAUCCACGUGCUCAGACACCUCUGCAAUAUGCUGGAGGGAUCCUUUCUGGACCAAUGCAAUCCAUGGGUAAUCAGGGAAUUAUGCAAAAGAAUAGCCCUGAUGGUGAGAGAUGGCAACGAGCAACUAACUACCAGCAGAGGGGUUUAAUUCCUUCUCCUCAAACCCCACUGCAGAUGAUGCAUAAAGCUGAAAAGAAGUAUGAGGUUGGUAAGGUGACAGAUGAGGAGCAAGCAAAGCAGAGGCAGUUGAAAGCCAUUUUGAACAAGUUAACUCCUCAGAAUUUUGAGAAACUUUUUGAGCAGGUAAAAGCAGUUAACAUUGACAAUGCCGGCACUCUUACUCGUGUAAUCUCUCAAAUAUUUGAGAAAGCUCUAAUGGAGCCUACCUUCUGUGAAAUGUAUGCCGAUUUCUGUUUUCAUCUAGCUGCCGAGUUGCCUGAUUUCAGUGAAGACGAGGAAAAGAUAACUUUUAAGAGAUUAUUGUUAAACAAGUGCCAAGAGGAAUUUGAGAGGGGUGAAAGAGAGCAAGAAGAGGCUAAUAAGGAUGAUGAUGGUGAGGUGAAGCAAUCCAAUGAAGAGAGGGAAGAGAAACGAAUUAAGGCAAGAAGACGCAUGUUAGGUAAUAUACGAUUGAUUGGAGAGUUAUAUAAGAAAAAAAUGUUGACGGAGAGGAUAAUGCAUGAGUGCAUCCAGAAGUUACUGGGAUCAUAUCAGGACCCUGAUGAGGAAGAUAUUGAAGCCUUGUGCAAGCUGAUGAGUACUAUAGGGGUGAUAAUUGAUCAUCCCAAAGCCAAGGAACACAUUGAUGCUUAUUUUGAAAGGAUGAAAUUGUUAUCAAACAACAUGAAUUUAUCUUCUCGAGUUAGAUUCAUGUUGAAGGAUGCUAUUGAUCUGAGAAAGAACAAAUGGCAGCAGAAGCGGAAAGUUGAAGGUCCAAAGAAGAUUGAAGAGGUGCACAGAGAUGCUGCCCAAGAGAGGCAGGCCCAAACUGGUAGGGUAGGCCGUGGUCCAAGCAAUACUGCAUCAUUGAGAAGGAUGCCUAUGGAUUUUAGUCUGAGAGGGUCAUCUAUGUUGUCUCCACCCAUCACCCCUAUGGGGCUACGUGGGCUUUCUGCGCAAGUUCGCAGUGGUGGUUCUCAGGAUGUUCGUCAAGAUGAUAGACUAUCCUAUGAGGCUAGAAAUUUGUCCAUUCCUUUGCCUCAAAGACCUUUAGCUGAUGAUUCUAUAACCUUGGGACCACAAGGUGGUCUUGCAAGAGGAAUGUCCUUUAGGGGGCCAGCUGCUAUUCCAAGUUCUCCUGUUCCUGAUGGGCUUCCAGUUGCUGCAGAUUCUCGUAGAAUGACGUCUGGCCCUAAUGGUUAUAGCAAUUCAUCGGAGCGUGCUCUGUACAGCAGCAGAGAGGAUCAAACGCCAAGAUAUGCUACAGAUAGAUUUGCUAGUGCAACUGCUCAUGACCAAUCAGCUGUUCAGGAGCGUAAUAUCAGUUAUGGUAAUAGGGAUCUGAGAAAUGCAGAUAGGAGUCUUGAGAGACCUGUUGCAACUUUACCUCCUGGUGUGCAAGGAUCUGCAGUCUCCAAGAAUGCCUCGUUAGAGAAGGUUUGGCCGGAAGAACAACUGCGGGACAUGUCCAUGGCAGCAAUUAAAGAAUACUACAGUGCUAGAGAUGUAAAAGAAGUUGCGCUGUGUGUGAAAGAUCUAAACUCUCCGAGCUAUCAUCCUUCAAUGAUUUCUCAAUGGGUCAUAGACUCGUUUGAGAGAAAGGACACGGAAAGAGAUCUUCUGGCCAAAUUACUAGUGAGCCUUACAAAGUCUCAGGAUGGCACCUUGAGUCAGUCUCAGCUUAUCCAAGGGUUUGAAUAUGUUCUAAGUGGCCUGCAAGAUGCCGUUAACGAUGCCCCCAGAGCCCCAGAAUUUCUAGGCCGAGUUUUUGCCAGAGUUGUGACAGAAAGCGUUGUUUCUUUGAAAGAUAUUGGUCGACUAUUACACGAAGGCGGAGAGGAGCCAGGCCAACUCUUGGAAAUUGGACUGGCAGCAGAUGUUCUGGGAAGCACCUUGGAGGCAAUACAAAUGGAGAAAGGGGAUGCAGUUCUGAGUGAGAUCCGUUCAAACUCCAACUUGAGGCUGGAGACUUUCCGGCCACUCAAUUCCAAUGUAUCAAGAAAGUUAGAAAAAUAUAUUUAGAGUAUAGUGAUGCUCGUUGUAUCUUUUGUUGUAGGUUUGAGGGGUGGGGAAAUUAUUUUUUGACUAGUAUUACUAGUGUUUAAAAAAUAUGCAGAAAUUAUUCUCUCUUCUGGGGUGGUUGGGUAGCCAUAUUUUAUAUUACAAUGAUCUUUUCUUUGUUUUAAUGGUAACAUUCUCCAACAUCUUCAUUGCUAUUACGAAAGGUUCAAUUGGGCAUCUUAAA